AUUUUCAAGUGAUGGCACGCUCCGCCCAUCCAGAGCAGUGUCCAUGUCAUUGAUGACUGCACCCCACACUGACAUCAUCAUGAUCGCACUGCUCCCUCUACAUGUAGUUAUAAAAGACGUCACAUCCAUAUUCUAUUGAAUUCAGUUUUCUCUCAUUACACAAACACUAUGUGGUUCACAUCCGAUUCUGAAGAGUCUCAAGCACACUCGCAGGUGACUGGUGGACACAGCGCCAAACUGAGCCAUGAGCUCCUUGCCUCUGCCGCGUCAUACGAGGCUGCCAAAGCGUACGAGAAGCAUGUCCAGAAGAAUGGAAAACCCGCAAACCAUGCGAUGGCCGUGGAGCUGCUUGCGGCGCUGACGGGUGGCUUUGUUGACCGCAUUGCAGAGACCAAGGGGAUGGACGCACUUGAUAAGGAAAAGGCUAAGCAUGCAGCAAACGAACGCGCUAAAGGCGCCCUCGAGCAACACGAAGAAUUUUGAUUGUGCAUAGUAGUAGGUGGACUUUAUUGUACAAGUCUAUCUAUCGUGGUAGAUCGAAUUCCAGAAUGUGCA